CCCGGGCCCGCCCCUUGCCCCACCCCUCGGUUUCUCGCCAUGGCCCCAGCACUGCUCCUGGUCCCCGCUGCCCUCGCCUCCUUCAUCCUGGCCUUUGGCACCGGAGUGGAGUUCGUGCGCUUUACCUCCCUUCGGCCGCUUCUUGGAGGGAUCCCAGAGUCUGGUGGUCCGGAAGCCCGCCAAGGAUGGCUGGCUGCCUUGCAGGACCACAGCAUCCUUGCCUCCCUGGCUUGGGAUCUGGGGCUCCUGCUACUGUUUGUGGGGCAGCACAGCCUCAUGGCAACUGAGACAGUGAAGGCAUGGAUGUCCCGGUACUUUGGGGUCCUUCAGAGGUCACUGUACGUGGCAUGCACUGCCCUGGCCUUGCAGCCCCUCAUCCUUCCCCAGCUGGUGAUGCGGUACUGGGAGCCCGUACCUAGAGGCCCUGUGUUGUGGGAAGCUCGGGCUGAGCCAUGGGCCACCUGGGUGCCCCUCCUCUGCUUUGUGCUCCACGUCAUUUCCUGGCUCCUCAUCUUCAGCAUCCUUCUCGUCUUUGACUACGCGGAGCUCAUGGGCCUCAAACAGGUGUACUACCAUGUGCUGGGGCUGGGUGAGCCUCUGGCCCUGAAGUCUCCCCGGGCCCUGAGACUCUUCUCCCACCUGCGCCACCCAGUGUGCGUGGAGCUGCUGACAGUGCUGUGGGUGGUCCCCACCCUGGGCACUGACCGCCUCCUCCUUGCUCUCCUCCUUACCCUCUACUUGGGCCUGGCUCAUGGACUUGACCAGCAAGACCUUCGCUACCUCCGGGCCCAGCUGCAAAGAAAACUCCACUUGCUCUCCCGGCCCCAGGAUGGGGAGGCUGAAUGAGGAGCUAACCCUGGUUCCAAACCCUAUACUUCCUCUCCCCCUCGAAUUCCAAAUCCCUUAACAUCCAGGCCCUGGCUGCUUCACACCAGAGGCCCAAAUCCAUGAACUGAAGGGGCUGUCCCUCUGAUUGAGACUUGGCUCCCUGAGUCCAGCUCCAUACCCUAAAUUCUGAAUUUCAGCCACUGGCCUCCAACGUCCACUUCUCACCAGCCAGGAAGAGGGGGUGGGGAACUUACCUGUCUCCUCAGUUUAUGGCUUGAUGACCCUUCCCCCCCCUCCCCGCACCCGACAACCUCCUCACAAGGAGAAGGGUCUGGCCUGACCACUCCCCUGACACUUACUCACCUGCCUCUGUACCUCAGGGAUCCCCUUCUCCACAUCUCGCUUCCCCUCCUAGGAGGUGGACCAGGGUCUGCAAGUUUGAUGGUAGUGGCUGCCCCUUCAGGCUCCAUGCCUUGCUGCUCAGUGCAGCCCCACUGGCUGGCCUCUCCACCUCCUUAGGCCCCGCCCCUGCGCUCCAUUCUCAACCUAAUUGAGGAUGCUGCCCCUCUUAAUUCGGGUGUCUAAGGACUCCCUGUUCUCCCGAGGAACAUGCGCUGCAGGAAAAUAAAAUCGAGCCUGGUUUUUCGACA